AUGUCUCCCGGCGUGGAUGACUCGUCGGACGACAACGUUUCGAGAAUCCAGCCUCCACAAACAUAUUCGCCAGAAGUCGAUCGAGCACCUUCUGAUACCGGACCCAUCCGAUCUAAUCGAUCUGUCGAGUGCUUCGGAGGAAUUUCACCGGUCAGAGUUCAAGAUAUGUCUCCCCCCCAAAACCCGAUAAUAUCACCAACGCCUAGGUUGCCUUCCUCACUAUCGACACUCCUGAAUCAUGCUGAAACUCGUCAAGAGCAAGGCUCCCGUGUAUCUCGACCUGAUGAUAUGGGGGGUCUAUUCCGGCGUUCGAGUGCAUCACCCGGGCAGCAGUCUCGUGCAAUUUGCUGGAGAGAUGAUCAAGCCCCACGGGAAUACUCUCCAAGACCUGUCAUCGUGCCUUCAAGACAUUCACUUCCUGCUCUACAUUACCCUCGACCGGCUUUUCCACCGAGAAAUGCUUUUCGCACCUUCCCAUCACCGCGCAGUCGAUCUUCCACCCCACCAAUAACAGCUUUACCACAACCAACAGUCCGGCGACGGUCUACUCUCACACUUCCACAUCUAUCGGAAACCUCCAUCGGAGAUGCUCUUCAAUCGCCUCGGCUUAUGCAGGUGGAUCGUAUAUCGUCAGGGGAAUAUUUAUCAGAUCAAGAUCCAGUGUAUCCUCAAGAAAUGCAUAGAGGCGUUACGUAUCCACAACACGCUUGGGAUCGAUAUAUCCCCUACCACCAAAUGCUAUGGCCAGGAUCACGCAGAAAUACCGUGUUGGGAGAAGAUCGCUUGGUUCGACCAGCCGAUCGCUCACUGCUGAAAGCUUCGCUUACCCUUGAUACAAAAAUGACCCCCGAUAUGGCCCGCUGGACGGAGUCAGAGGUCGCUCUAUAUUACAGAGGGUUUGACGAUGCCAUGAUGAUGGUUCAGAGUGGAGUGGGGAGGCUCGGCGAAGAUACAUUCUUCCAAGUCCACAUCAGCAACCGCGAUCCCCUACAUCCGACAACGGUCGACCAAGACAAAGAUCUUACUCCUCGACUAGAAAGCUGCAACGUGCCACCUCCUCAACCCCCUCACUACCAUCAACGUCAACAAGUAGGGCAGCAAUUGAGGAUAGACCCAUCACUUCAAUCACCUGACACUCACACAAGACAGAGUAUUCCAAAUACCAAAGCUUCCACUCCGACUGUAUCUACUCCUCAUCGUAUUGUCCAUCCUCCUCCAGCUUCUGAUUACUUCAACGCAGCUUUUCCUUCUAAUUCUGCUCCAGCUUCUCAACGUGCACAGAAACGAACUAAACGCCAACCGAUUUCAUGUUAUCCUUGUCGAGAUAGAAAGUUGAAGUGCGAUGGGAAGACACCUUGUGGGCAAUGCUCGAAGAGACACAUCGAUGGACAGUGUCAUUACGCUAAGGCUAUCAGAAGAAGGGGUAGGAAUAGGAAGACCGAUGACGACGGUGAUGAAGCGGAUGACUUAUCUGAAGGUAAUCAAGGAGGUGGUGAGUCCAGUACAGCGGCGCAAGAUCGAGCGAGGGAUACCAGAAUGAACGACGAUUACAGAGAUGGGCAACUUGAAGGUGAGGCGGAUACUUCAGUAGGGAGCGGUUACUCUGUCAGAUGGGGACAAGGUGACAUGGCGAGAAUCCUCAACAGUCCAUCUGCUACUCGUGGGACUAGCAUAAUAGAAAGGAUUAACAGCUCGGCGUCUAGGGGAUAA